CUGACACAACACACACACACACACACAUUCACAAAAAUACACAGUCCUCUAUUUCUCUGUCUUUCUCUGCAAUUUUUGCAGUGUUACACUCCUCUCGAGCUCAGUGAAUAUAAGUACUACACUUUACAAAGAGCCGUUGUAAAAAAGAGUACUUGCAAAAUAAAGGAGUGCUCAUUUUUAUUUUUAUAGACUGAGCUUAAUAAGAACUCUGAGCUGAGCAGUAAAGAAAGAGCAAGAUUUUAUAUAGAGGCAAAAUAGUUGUAAGCAGUAGAAGAAGUAAAAUGAUAAGAGGAUUUAGAAUCAUAAUUUUUGCAACUUCUCUGCUCUUAAUGAUUCUUGGCAUUUGCAGAGCAAGCAAAGUUGGAGUUUGCUACGGACGAAAUGCGGAUGAUCUUCCUACGCCUGAUAAAGUUGUGCAGCUCAUUCAACUGCACAACAUUAAAUAUGUAAGGAUGUACGACUCUAAUAUCCAGGUCCUCAAGGCCUUUGCGAACACCGGAAUUGAGCUUAUGAUUGGAAUUCCAAACUCAGACUUGUUGGCGUUCGCUCAGUUCCAGUCCAAUGCUAAUACAUGGUUAAGAAACAGCAUACUUCCUUACUAUCCAGCCACAAAAAUCACUUACAUAACUGUUGGUGCUGAACUCACGGAAGCCCCAAAUAGUACAUCUGCGCUGGUCGUACCUGCAAUGCAAAAUGUGUUGACGGCGUUGAGAAAAGCUCGUCUUCAUAAGAGGAUUAAAGUCUCUAGUACACAUUCAUUGGGCGUAUUAUCCCGGUCAUUCCCACCUUCCGCAGGUGCAUUUAACAGUAGUCAUGCCUUUUUUCUCAAACCCAUGUUGGAAUUCCUUGCAGAGAAUCAAUCACCUUUUAUGAUCGACUUAUAUCCAUAUUACGCAUAUAGAGAUUCUUCGACUAAUGUGUCCUUAGACUAUGCUUUAUUCGAGGCAUCUUCCGAAGUGAUUGAUUCCAACACUGGUCUACUCUACACGAACAUGUUCGAUGCCCAGCUUGAUGCUAUUAACUAUGCUUUAAUGGGUCUAAAUUUCAAAACAGUUAAUAUCAUGGUCACUGAGACAGGCUGGCCAUCUAAAGGAUCUCCAAAAGAGACGGCCGCAACUCCAGAUAAUGCACAGACUUACAACACAAAUUUGAUUCGACAUGUUAUCAACAAUACUGGAACUCCCGCUAAGCCAGGAGUGGCAAUUGAUACUUACGUUUUCUCGUUAUUCAAUGAGAACAGGAAGCCUGGUUUAGCAUCUGAGAGGAACUGGGGUUUAUUUUUCCCGGACCAGACAAGUGUAUAUAACCUUGAUUUUACUGGAAAGGGUGCUAUAGACGUGACUACAGAUGGAAACGCUACCAGUUCAAAUGGAACCUGGUGCAUCGCUUCAUCUUCUGCGUCUGAAGCUGACCUUCAGAAUGCCUUGAGUUGGGCUUGCGGUUCUGGAAAUGUCGACUGCUCCGCUAUACAACCUAGCCAACCUUGUUUUGAGCCUGAUAACACUGCAUCUCAUGCAUCUUAUGCAUUCAAUAGUUACUACCAGCAAAAUGGAGCUACUGACAUUGCUUGCAGUUUUGGAGGGGUUGGCGUCAGAACGAAUAAGAACCCAAGUUAUGACAACUGUCUCUACGCGACCAUGGGGGGUAAAAAGGCUAUCGCUAGUAAUGCAACGGCUAGUCCUACCAAGUCUUCAUCAUCCCCUCAAAGGAGUUCGGGGUGGACUCAACAUCUACUUAUAGCUUUUCCUUUGUUCCUCCUGGUACCCUUUUGAUAUAACUUGGUUGGAGAAGUCUCGAGUAAAUGGACCGAAGAUUGAUCCGAAGCAAGGAUAGUGCAAGGAAUCAUAAGUUUUCUUGAGAAGGCUACAAAUAUUGCUUCUCAAAUGUAUUGCAGAUUCCCUCCCACAGAUGCACAAAUUUUGUUUGAUAGCCAAGGUGUUGAAACUUGAGAGAUGUAAAAUAGAAGAAACCCGAAUUAUUCGAACUGGAAACAUUAGUAAACUAUUUUGUUGAUUCGUUGGCUAGCAAACUUGGUACUAAUUCAUUUUAGUGAAUCAUGAAUCCUGUUAAGCUAGUAUUACACUGUUUUA